CUCUCAUUAAACAGCCAGCCAGAGAUCGGAUAACUGACUACAAAGAAAGGAUGGCAAUAAUAUAUUCGACAGUUGCAUUUUCAUGCCUGGCGGCCAUGACAGUUGUGACGUCGAGGCCGACCUUGACCUUCACUUCAACCAACCAUCAACGUGUGCUGGAAUCGACAUCAAUCAGUUUAAAACUUUUGAAGUUGCAGUCAGAAGUUACUUUUGAAGCAUUUGAACGAACCCACACCGAAUUCAUACCCAGUGACGACGAUUCGGUCAACACACACGAAAAGUAUGCAGAUCUGCUGACCACGAGUUACCACGACUUACUAAAACUGCCAACUCUGUUUCAAGUUGAUCUCCACACUGGUUUGACUGUUCGGGAAGAUAUUCAGGUCCUUUACCAAACCCUCUCCGUGUUCACGUCAGAAUAUCGUGUCGCAGUAGCAAAGAUCCGACUGAUAGAAUGUAAACAGUUAAGAAAGCCCUGUCCGCCUCGAUGCCAUCCCCGGGAGAAGAUGCUUUGCAAUUUGGACAGUCUCCGCCAGAAGCUGCAAGAAUUCGACCAAGUAGUAAUUUUGAUGAUGCAAGAACUCAGAAUACCCCGACCAACUACCCACGUGGUAAGGACGUUGGACCUUCCGAUGAUGGCCAAGUUAGAGUUCUAUUUGGGUGUGGUUUACCAACUCAAGGAACAGACGGCUCAUUUGCAUACUGCCAUGGACAUCAUAAAGCGAUUGUAGGCCACAACGGAUUCCGAAAAUGACAGAAUUCUACCCACCGCGCAAAUUAGUUCUUUCCUCCACCGAUUUGCGUAGAGUGCAUGUUUGUUUACAAACUAGCAAAUAAGCUAACGAAACAAAUCGUUGUUUAAUUGUUUCGUUAGCAAAUUAGCUAACGAUAUUGUUGGGCAUUUAAGGUUUGGCAGGGAGGACCGAGGAUGAAGCACUUUUCCUGGCCUAUCCUGCAGUAGAAUGCCUGCAUGAGAGAUUUCGGCUGACGCUAUUAAUAGAUAAGCGCCAAUGACGUUAGCAAUGGAGGAUUUGUAAGCUAAAGUUCGAGUCGAUUCUCUUGGAGUCAAGUAUACAUACUUAGUUUAUUUGAAAGGCUCUGGCUUAUCGUAUUUACAUAGCUCACUGUGAUUUAAAGGGACAACUUAGGUGUGGGAUUUAGGUGACCAGGAGGAUAAUAUGCCUAUUCGCGUCUAUGUUGAGACUGACCUUAUACAUGUGAAAAGAGAGCA